CUCCUGGAGGCCGUGCCCCUGACAGAGAGAGGCCAAGACCCGGGACGCCUGUGGGGUAGGUGCACGCGGAGAGCCGCCAGGAGACUCUGGCCCCGUCCCUCGUUCUGCUCUCGUCCCCUCGUCUUUCUCUCGUCGGUCCCUCGUUCUGCUCUCGUUCCUCGUUCUGCUCUCGUCGCUCUUCCACCACUGUGCUGCGCCCAAGAUUCAUCCACACGGGGGGCCUCCCUCGUCCCUGGAGCAUAUAUACUUAUAGAAAGAGGACGCAAUCGCUUACUUUUCUGAGUUAAAGCUACAUUGUGACACCGAAUCCGAAUAUUCAUGUACUUAGUUGUGAGGGGAAGAUCAGGAUAUGAAUAACUUCUUCUAGGAUCGGUAAGAACUCUAUGAUCUCUAUUUUCUUUCUCUAAGCCUCAACGCCAAGAUACAGAAAGCGAUGGAGCCGCGGCCCGUCGGCGGUCCCAAAGAAACGACCGACCACGCGCGGGGAAAAGCAUAGAGGUUCAUUCCGCCGUGUCAGAGGACGAAAGAAUAAUAGAUAAGGGGACGAAGGCGAACGAAAUAGGGGAAAAGCCACGUCGUCGAAGAGGACGCGGCAAGGUGGAACAACUACAGUCCUGAAGCACUCGAAGUGCGCGACCAAAUCACGAAGCGGAUUAACCUGCUAUAAUCGUAUUGAUGGGACUUGUUAUUUGACUGUAUAUUUCUAACGUACGGGUGAUUUGAUUCUUUAUCGACUGCAGAUGAACUAACAACUUGUUCUUCUUGACAUCGAUCAAGUCUUUUCGUGUUCGUACAUUAGAGGGCGAUCAUGAUAAAUUGAGGUAUUUCCUAUGUUUUGGAUGAUGGAGUUUUUUUUACAUUGAUGCUUGUUCCAGGCUUUAUCGGUGAUUGAAAUUUGUUUGGAAAAAUUGACUAAACGUGUGAUUCGUCUAACAUAUUUACUAAUAUCAAGAUGCUUUUAUGUUUGCAAUGAAUGUCAUGCUGGUUUUUUUACGGCCAAGUACUUGAAGUUUUUCUAAUUAAUUACAGCAUUAGUAGUCGAAGACGUAGAUUCUUCACUGGCCAAUGCUACCGCUUAGAUGACUCAUUUCUUGGCAGAUGACUUACUUGUUAUUAAUUAACUUGAAUUUUUACGCGACUAUUACUAUAUGAUGUAUGUAUCUAGUUGUGUAGCAGGGGUCUUUUCUCGGUGGUCAUUAUGUCAGGGGGUAAUGAUUUCCCAGAACUAACUGAUGGUAGCCAUUGCAUUCACAAUUAUGUUAGUGGUAAAGCUAAAGACUAAGACUUGUUUUUCUCGUUUUAUGGUCUUCGUGAAUGAGGAAAAAGAUGCGUUUGCUGAGGCAUCAUCAACCGGGUCUCCGACGUCAAUAUCUACAUCAGACGUACCAUGACAGGACACAUGUUUCGUAAUGUGUCUUUUCCAUCGUAUUUUUUGUACGGGGAAUAUUAAAUAAAACGAACAAGAAGUAGCUUAUGGAUAUGGUUAUAAAUAUGACUGGUGGGUGAAGAAGGGCAAGGAUGGGGGAUCUUAGAGUUGAUAGACGAACAACGACUAGAACCUUCGUACUAACGAAGGAGAUGAAUGUUAAGAACAAAGGUUAGCUUUUUUUCUCAAUAUUAAAGUUGAACUUGAACUUGAGCCGAACUAUAUACACUGGAAGAUCCAGGAUCUUAUAGCGUAGCACUCUUCUUGUCCUCUAUUGGUUGGAUUAUCAUUCACUAAAAAAAAGGCAGGUACACCGGACAACACUGGGAUCACCCUUUCGGCGUUCUCGGACUACAAAAAAAAAAGGUGCCCUGCGGAGGCAAACUAACUGCUUGAUUGAUUGACGACCGGUGGGGGUACAUGAAUGAUUCGUGUCAUAAUUUCAAUUGCUUUUUACUUGUAAGGCUAGAUGAUCAUGAAGUUAAUAGAGGACCGACCAGCAAUCCUCUUCACUAACAAGGGUGGCGUAACAGCACAUGAACAAGAUGAAGCGUGAAGACAGACUUUAUAAGUUGGGAUGUUAUUGUUCUUAUUUGAAUUGGAAUAA